UCCAUGGGGCAGCUGCAGCGGGGCAGCUGGUUGAGUCAGCCUUAGUCCCUCACUGCUCUCCUGGCCCCCAAGACGGCUGCCAGGGGGAUAGGCUAUCAGUGGAGUUGUCCUCCCACGCCGGACCCUACAGGGAGCUGCAGCCGGAACUGAUGCCCCAGGGGGCCGCCCAUCUGGAGAGGACUUGGGGCCUGCUGGCCUUCCCCAUGGCGCAGGGGCCAGAGCCUGAGGCUGACACGCCGCUGGACCUCAGUUUCCUGACAGAGGAGGAGCAGGAGGCCAUUGCCAAUGUCCUCCAAAGAGAUGCCCACCUGCGCCAGCUGGAGGAGGGACGGGUCAGCAAGCUCCGGGCCUCGCUGGUAGACCCUGGGCAGCUGAAAGUCCUGACCGGGGACUGGUUCCAGGAAGCACGCGCCCAGCGACACCCUCGGGCUGGGGUUGGUUCUGACCUAGUCCGAGCCUCUAUGCGCAAGAAGAAGAGCUCCCGGGGAGGCCAGACUGUGGGCAGUGCUGGGGGAGAGGCCGCUGCGGAGCCGGCACCCAGGCUCCAGGCAGAUGACACCCGUCAAGACAGGCUCGCUGAGAUGGGGGGACCGGACUUCCCUUCACCCUGUACCACCCUGACAGCUCCAGAUCAGGAGGCGGCGGCCCAGGCCCAGGGAGGUGAGCCGGCGCGGGGCGCAGGGGCCGGGAGGACAGGGCGGUGUUGGGUCUGCACCCGCGGUCGCGGGGCUGCAGCCAUGCGGUCCAGCGGGGCUCGGGCAGGCGACAGGGCGGGGGCGGCCCGGGGCGGGGAAGCGGGGAGCCGAGCGUGGAGGGCCGAGCUCCUGGGUCCCCCGCUCAGGGCCGCCUGCCCGCAGUACCCCGUCCCGCAGGCCGCGCUCCGGAGUCGCGUGCUCAGCCUGUCCGUGUGGCACCGCGAGAGCCUGGGCCGCAACGUCUUCCUGGGCGAGGUCCGAGUGCCCCUGGACACGUGGGGCUGGGACGCCGAGCCCACCUGGCUCCCUCUGCAGCCUCGGGUCCCGCCGUCCCCCGACGGGCUUCCCAGCCGCGGGCUGCUCUCCCUGUCGGUCAAGUAUGUCCCCGCCGGCUCCGAAGGCGCUGGAAGGCCCCCGAGCGGGGAGCUGCACUUCUGGGUGAAGGAGGCGCGGGAGCUCGUGCCGCUGCGCUCAGGAGCCCUGGAUUCCUACGUCCAGUGCUCAGUACUGCCCGAUGACAGCCAGGCUGGCCGCCAGCGCACGAGGGUGGUACGGCGCAGCCUCAGCCCCGCAUUCAACCACACCAUGGUUUACGAUGGCUUUGGGCCCACGGACCUGCACCAGGCCUGCGCGGAACUCUCCCUCUGGGAUCAGGGGCCCCUGGCCAGCCGGCAGCUGGGAGCCACACGCCUCAGCCUGGGCACAGGCAGUAGCUAUGGGCUCCUGGUGCCCUGGAUGGACUCCACACCUGAGGAGGCACAACUGUGGCGGACACUCCUACAGCGGCCAUGCGAGUGGGUGGACGGCCUUCUGCCCCUCCGAACCAACCUGGUCCCCAGGACACAGCCCUAGUGAGCCCCUCUCUCCAGACCCCCAUCUUAGGGCUGCCCUGGGCUAAAGUCAAUAAAUGUGUCAAGAGCAGUGAGGGUGGUGUCUGCUGG